GCACCAAACCAUCAGCCUCAUUUACAGGCACACAUACACACAGAAGCUUCUGCUACCCCCAUCCACCGACAGUAAGAGGAGCAGCCCUGCAGAGGGACGCUUCAUUUCAGCUUCAAACUUCGCGCAAAGGGGGAAGAAGAAAAAAUAUACAGUAAUAAAAACUGUGGAUUAUAUUUGAGUUUUUCUUAAAUAGGUUCUCAGAAUCGCUGCGCGGACGUGAACCGUGGGGGUCUCUCUCUCUCUCUCUCUCUCUCGUUUCCUGCGUGGCUUUCCAACUCCACUCUGUCGUGGAAAGCUUCAGACGUGGAUUUGUUCCCUGGUUCCUCUACGGACAGCAGACACCGUCGGCGGCACUGUGAGCGCUCCGAUCAGGCACUUUGUGGAUUAAUAAAGAUCCAGCUCUGAUAUUCUUGAGGUAAUGAGGCCCCAGGAUCUCCGGUGUCUACAGCCGCAUCCUCUCCAUGCUGAUAGAGAUUUCUGACUGUAGAAUAAUCUGCACCGAGAGGCUUUUUUUUUUUUUUUUUUUUUUUUUAAGGACCAGAUCCGCAGAUCGGGGUUACGCACGGCUCGGUUUCUGAGCUGCUAGACUAAAACGCCGGAUGAGAUGGUGAUUUAUCCCCGUGGGACGAGCUGACUGUCCCGUGAAACCUCCCCGACUGUUUUCCCCCUCUGAUCUGAGUCUGCAGGAGAAGGAGACGGAGACUGGCGCAUGCUACAGACUUCCUGCGCUCAUCCAGCUCCCAGCUUUUCCAUCGUAUCCUCUCAGGCUGCUUGUCACUGCCUGGACUCGGAUCCCGGAAUCUUCAUGAUUUGCGGACACCAUGCUCGUUUUUUAGCCGGGAAACCCUCUUCUUGUCCCGCAUGUUUAGGACCAAACGAUCGGGGCUCGUCCGGCGACUCUGGAGGAGCCGUGCGCCCGUGGAGGGCGACGGGGAGGCGGACAGAGGGACGCAUGGCUCCACGGGGGGCUGCUGCAUGGGAAAAGCGGCAAAGGUGGCCAAGUCUAACGACGCCGGGUCGGAGGCUGAACUGAAGGCGCUGACCCACUCGGUGCUGAAGAAGAUCAAGGAGAAACAAUUGGAGGUGCUCCUGCAGGCGGUGGAGUCAAAGGGGGGCGCGCGGAGCCCCUGCUUGCUCCUACCCAGCAAAGUGGACGCCAAAGUGGGUCAGCAGUCUUACUCUCUCCCCAUGCUGCUCUACAAAGUGUUCAGGUGGCCGGACCUCAGGCAUUCCUCGGAGCUGAAGAGGCUGUCUUGCUGUGAAUCCUACGGGGAAAUAAACCCGGACCUAGUUUGCUGCAACCCGCACCACAUGAGCAGGCUGUGUGAACUCGAGUCUCCUCCUCCUCCAUAUUCCCGCUAUCCCAUGGAUUAUCUUAAACCACCAGAUUCUCCAGACUCUGGGCCUUCAUCCAGUGAUACUGGGGGAACGACGUACUCGGCCCCUGUGGGGCUUUCAGAUUCCCUGGCGUUGCAGGAGUCAGGAGAGCCGACCCACUGGUGCGUGGUGGCGUACUGGGAGGAGAAGACGCGCGUCGGACGCCUCUACUCGGUCCAGGAGCCCUCUCUAGACAUCUUCUACGAUCUACCUCAAGGGAAUGGCUUCUGUCUGGGCCAGCUUUGCUCGGACAACAAGUCCCAACUGGUUCAGAUGGUGCGGGCCAAGAUCGGCUAUGGUAUCCAGCUGACGCGCGAGCCAGACGGGGUGUGGGUGUACAACCGCAGCUGCUACCCCAUCUUCAUCAAGUCGGCCACACUGGACAACCCGGACUCGCGCACGCUGCUCGUGCACAAGGUGUUCCCUGGAUUCUCCAUCAAAGCUUUUGACUAUGACAAGGCGUGCAGCUUGCAAAGGCCGAACGACCACGAAUUUACACAGCAGCCUCGCACUGGCUUCACAGUGCAGAUAAGCUUUGUAAAGGGCUGGGGACAGUGCUACACCAGACAGUUCAUCAGCAGCUGCCCGUGUUGGUUGGAAGUAAUCUUUAACACGCGAUAGCAGCAGCAGGAGCCUUCCUCCUCUUCAUGCUGACCUCUUCUACACCCACUCACAGAGAAAGACUUCAUCCACUUUUCCUUUUUUGUUUUGUUGCUGAGGUUCAAAUGCAGAAGAAAAAAAAGGAACUUAGAAAAGAGAAGAAAGUUUAAAUUCUGAUGGACUUGUUUGAUAAACGACUGAGAUUUAAUUAAAAAGAAGCGGAAAAAAAUGUAUUUUAUGUUAUAUAUGAAUAUAUUAUUAAUUGUAAAUAUGAAGACGUUUUAUAUGCAUCAUUAUUUAUGUAUUGUGCAAUGUGUUGGUGAGAAGAAAAGAAGAUGCACUUUGCUUAAUAUAAAUACAAAACAAAGAAAUGCCAAAAUAAUAAAAAAAAAAAUGUAA